AUGGUUUUAAUUCACUCUCCUUUAGAUAUUCGACUGGUAAAUGGGUAUGAUCUGUGUUCUGGAAGAGCGGAGGUUUUACAUAAUGAUGAAUGGGGAACCAUCUGUGAUGCUGGCUGGGAUUUAAUAGAUGCUGCAGUGGUGUGUUAUAACAUGGGUUGUGGGACUCCAAUAGCAGCACCAACCGGUGCUUACUUUGGGCAGGGUUCAGGAUCUGUGUGGCUAGAUAGCGUGAGUUGUUCUGGGAAUGAGGCAACGGUGAAAGAUUGUCCAUCAAAGGCAUUAGGAACAAGCACCUGUAGUCAUGGACAAGAUGCUGGCGUCGUCUGUAACCCUCCUGUUAGGUUGGUGAAUGGGGAGAACUCAUGUUCUGGACGAGUGGAGGUUCUUCAUGAUGGAGUAUGGGGAACAGUGUGUACAGAUUACUGGGGUACUAAAGAUGCUACUGUGGUGUGUAAAGAGUUGGGAUGUCCUACCGGUGCUGAAGCGAAAUCAUAUUCCUACUUUGGACCUGGUGUGGGAACAAUAUGGAUGGAUAAUGUUCAUUGUAAAGGGAGUGAACCGACACUAAGAGAGUGCAGAUUUAAUGGAUGGGGAAUAAACAACUGUGAUCAUUCAUAUGAUGCUGGAGUCAUCUGUCGAGAUGUUAGUCUGGUAAAUGGAUCUAAUCUGUGUUCUGGAAGAGUGGAAGUCUUAUAUAAUGAUGAAUGGGGAACCAUCUGUGAUGCUGGCUGGGAUUUAAAUGAUGCUGCAGUGGUGUGUAAUACCAUGGAUUGUGGGACUCCUGUGGCAUUAAAGACCGGGGCUUACUUUGGGCAGGGUUCAGGACCUGUGUGGCUGGAUGAUGUGAGUUGUUCUGGGUAUGAGUCAACAGUAAAAGACUGCCUAUCAACAGCAUUAGGAACAAGCACUUGCAGCCAUGGACAAGAUGCUGGAGUCAUCUGUCGAGAUAUAAAGCUGGUGAAUGGUAUGAGUCCAUGUGAUGGCAAAGUUGAGGUUCUUUAUGAUGAUCACUGGGGUGGAGUUUGUCACACUGGCUUUGAUGUGACAGCAGCUUCGGUUUUGUGUAAAGAGCUGGGCUGUGAUGACACUGGAGAGCCACUUUCAUAUGUGGGUCCAUUUGAUGGGCCAAUAUGGAUGGGCAAUCUUGCUUGUGCUGGAAAUGAGUUAGCAUUACGAGACUGUUCAUUUACUGGAUGGGGUGUGAGCAGUUGUGUGAAUGAUCUUCAUGCAGGAGUUGUUUGCAACAAAAUUAUGAGAAAAGGUGUGGUGAGGAUUAUGGUUAAAGCUGACGCUGGCAUUAAUGUCAGUGACCCAGAUAUCAUAAAGAAGAUUUUGGACAAGAGUAAUUGA